AUGUCCAAAGACGUAGCUUUUUCUCCCGUGUCCACCAUCAUCCCACGAUCCCCCCCGGACGAUCUGCCAGAUUCUCAUAAUCGACGUCGCCGCCGACAGACAGAUUCCGCUGUGCUUCUGGAUCAUACCAUCCAUGUACCCCAGAGAGACCGGCCUCGCGUUCUGGCUCGCCGCUCGAUUGCGAAUCCUCCAUGGGCAGCAGACUCUAUUUCGUCUUCUUCCUCACCCAGGCUGAGCCAGAUAGGGUCAUCGGCGAGUCCAACACAGACCGAGAACUCCUGGAAACGGCGACAGAAAACACGCUACCACUUAGAUGAUCAUCAACAUAAUCAAGGACCCAGCCACAAGUCUCAUCACGACGACGAGAGUAACGCUAACACUAAAGUUCUCAGCCGUCAGACCGUCAUGUUUGCGGCCGCUUCCCGUGACACGGGCAGGGCAGCCACGCUAAUAUCCGCCGACGCUGAUCCGACCCCGAACCCCCAGCGCCCUUCCUUGUACGACAGGUCUCGGCGGUCAGUGCCAGCCUUCAGUAUCUCCCGUGUUCGCGAUUCAACCGCGCCUGCUUCUCCGUCGCAUUUGCCGUCUCCGUUGUCAAUCUCAGAGAAAUCUAGCGAUAUUGCCCUGCCGUUCGAUACCGACUCGAUCGACAACGCCUUGAGUUUCAAUGCAUCGAAGCGACGUCGUAAUCAGUCCUUGUCACACCCUCAGCAACCGACCCAGGCAGAUGUGAAGAGGAGGAUGCCGGUAUCAACAGCGACUUACGUUCAAGGGAGCCCGUUGGCAAACGAGCGCGAUCGCGCAAUCCACAGCAUAGAUCAGACCGAUCAAGAGGAUGGCGCUAGAACGCCACUAGCAGAAGAUCCCAAAUCCAAGAAUGAGGACAUCUUCUUGAAUAUUGCCCGGUCCGACUCAAAGCGGCGCGACUCCUUGGGGCGCUCAGAACUUAGACGGUCGCGGCUUGGAUUGUCUGGCGGUCAUCUUCGUUCACCCAAUUCUCGAUUGAAUGAACAGACACCUUCCCCUGAUCAACUACGGUUAAGCACUUACGACACCCCCUUGCAUUCCCUCAACAAUUCUCCAUCAAACCCUUACAGCGCCCUACCUUACUCGUACUCGGCCUCCGCUCAUCCCCUUGAUGACCAUCCCCGCUCGCGACAUUCGGUAAUAGGCUCGAGUUCGAGGUCAACUCUUGGCAUAUCGCGAAGUAGGCUUGGUCAGGCAAGCCCAGACGGAUCACCAUACUCCCCAGAACUUCAGAUAGAAAGAAGGGGUUCGCUACAAGAUCCUCGAGUUUACCGCCAUUCUGCUCUUGCCAGCAUUCGAAGCAGUCGACAGCCGUCGGGCUCCGAUGUCACAGAGCGGCCGCGGCCCGAGCCUGAUCGGUCUCGGCAGGAUGGCACCGAGUCGACCAUGUCAACGACUGCUCCGUCUACAGUCUGGGAUGAGCUGGAAGAUCUGAAGUCGCGAAUCAAGAAGCUGGAAUUGACCGGAAAGCUGCCGCCGUCGUCUCAAGCUGCGAUAUCGACAAUAUCCGGAGAGCGACCACGAACUGCAACCACUACAGUAACGACCGUAUCCUCUUCUCCAAACCACAACCAUAAGAUAAGCUCCUCAACGGCUGAGACCGAGGCUGCCACGGCCACUAAUCCAGUGCACCCGCUUUUGCAAUCGGCUCUACUCAAAGCGAAAUAUGUAUUGAAAAACGAGGUGUAUAAAUCACUUGAGGCCGCGGUCACAGAUGCGCUGGCCCUCUCAAGCCUAUUAGGCACUAAUAAAGCUCCCUCUGGUGGAGUUUCGGUUGUGAAUGGCUACGGCUCCUCUGACCGGCAGUCUAGGCGAAAAGCCGACAGUGUCUGCCGCAGCUUGACAGAGCUGUGUCUCGCUUUGUCAGACGAACAGCUUUCCAAGCAGCAAAUGCCAGGCGACGACGAUGACACUAUAACCCAAUUACCAACCAGCACGAACGAGGAGUCAUCAAUGCUCAGUCGUUCCCUUCGACGCAGUAUGACCUUGGAACCUGAGGUCCCAGGUCGACGACAGAGCACCACUCAAGUAUCUAGUCGUCUAGAGGCACGUCGGGCAAGCCUGGCCAAUACGAACGGGAACAGCAGCAGCAGCAGAAAAGAUCAUCCUGCCCUCCCGAAUGACAAUAGUCCCUCCUCGCCCAGCGCAUCUGCUCCUAAAAGCCGACUCAGCCGUCUCUCAACUACAUUGCGUAGCAAGAGACUACAGCCCGAGGACGAAGACGCCGGCCAGCCAAGUCCACAUAGUCGUUCGAUCUCAAGAGCCAUGACCGACAUUGACAAUUCAGCAGCGGCACAUGGCCUCUCGCCGCGCCAGCGAGUCGUGCGUGGUUAUACCGCCUCCCAACCUGUCUCAGAUCCUCAGCGAUCUCAAGGUUCCAGAUUGUCGUAUCAAUCACCGCGUACACAGCUACAGCAACCACGCACCCCGACCGUGCCACAGUCCAGCAUUCCACUCCGCAGAAGCCUUGCAAUUCCAUCCAACUAUACGCCGACUACAUCCCGCUUGAACAUCCUUGCAGGUUCUCGCAGAUAUGGUGCCUCUGGCAUUCCUUCAGCUGCAGGUGAUGGUUCAGUGCCGGACAGCCAGGGUGAUGGUAUGCCCUCUCAACAAGGUCUGUCUCAGACGAGAAUUACUGCGCCAUCAAGCAAGCAUGCAGCCAGCUAUACCCCCAUCCAGCAGAACCGAGUACGAGCAAAUAGCAUGGGAGUACGAACAUUUGGCCUCAGGCAGCGACCGAUGGCCGCAUAUGAAGACCCUUUAGACGUGAGCAUCGAUUGA